AGUGCACAGUCUGUGUGUGGUACAGCGCGCGGCGGAGGAGCUGGGUAUACCCAACAGCGAGCUAGUGGUGUGUUUCACAACGGCCGACAUUUUCAAGAAAAUUUAACCCGGUUAUUCGCCAUAGAAAAUAAUCUUUGGACUUAGUCGAAGAUUCGCGUACUACUACUGGAUGUAACAAAGGCUUUCUUUGAAGUUGUGAACGGCCGACAACCAGCGCCGAUUGAGGGGUUUCCAGCGUCCGACUGGACGGAGAGACGCUCUCCGCCUCGGGAUCACCGGGGUUUAAAGGACUCUCAAGGGGGGCAAAGAAGAAGAGAAAAAUAGAAACGACGACGGACAUUAUCCGCCCAUAUCAUUUUUGCGGUGACGGAUACAACUGGAGGAUAUAAAGCGCUGUGUUUGGAUACUAUUUUUCUUUACCUGUGCAUAGGAGAGAGAGAGAGAGAGAGGAGGAAUCAGUCCAGACAAAGGUUCAAAAGGAGAGGCUGACGGGGGUGAUACCUCCAGCGGUCGGGCUGUGAGUGUGCUCAUCGCAGCCGAGAGCAGGGCUUUGUCCGCCGCCAUCCUGCGUGUACAGGGGAGGGGGCGGCGGUGAUCUACCGCACCUUCACUGGGAUUACGGAAAUAGAGAAAACAAACCGAAUUCCCUUGUGUAAAGGACGCGACAUGUAUCCACAAGGCCGGCAUCCGGCACCUCACCAGCCAGGACAGCCUGGCUUCAAGUUCACUGUAGCAGAGUCCUGCGACAGGAUCAAAGACGAGUUUCAGUUCCUGCAGGCGCAGUACCACAGUCUUAAAGUGGAGUACGACAAACUGGCUAAUGAAAAGACGGAGAUGCAACGUCACUACGUCAUGUACUACGAGAUGUCCUAUGGGCUCAACAUUGAGAUGCACAAACAGACUGAGAUUGCCAAACGUCUCAAUGCAAUUCUGGCUCAGAUCAUGCCGUUCUUGUCACAAGAGCACCAACAGCAGGUGGCUCAGGCUGUUGAACGGGCCAAGCAGGUGACAAUGACUGAGCUAAAUGCUAUCAUCGGGGUACGUGGACUUCCCAAUCUGCCUCUCACUCAGCAGCAGCCGCCUCAUAGUGUCUACCCAGCCUUCAUGCAGCAGCAGCUCCAGGCUCAGCACCUCUCUCACGCAGCCCACGGGCCCCCAGUCCAGCUGCCCCCCCACCCGUCAGGCCUGCAGCCUCCCGGCAUCCCCCCUGUGACGGGCGCAGGCUCUGGCCUGCUGGCUCUUGGUGCUCUUGGCAGCCAGGCCCACCUGCCUGUUAAGGAUGAGAAGAACCACCACGACCUGGAGCACAGAGGACCCUCAUCUUUUCACUCUCCUCUGGCCAUUCCUCUGAAAGAACGCGAGUCGAGCACGAAUAACUCGGUGUCGCCGUCUGACAGCCUGCGGGCAGCGAGUGAGAAGCACCGCGGCUCUUCAGAUUACAGUCUGGACUCCAAGAAGCGCAAAGUGGAUGACAAAGACAGCAUGAGCAGAUAUGACAGUGAUGGAGACAAAAGUGACGACUUGGUGGUGGAUGUUUCCAAUGAGGAUCCGGCUACCCCUCGAGUCAGCCCUGCUCACUCUCCUCCAGAAAACGGCCUGGAUAAAUCCAGAGUCCUGAAGAAGGAUGCUGCCCCCAACAGCCCCGCUUCUGUCGCAUCGUCAGGCAGCACUCCAUCCUCCAAAGCAAAGGACCACGCCCAUAACGACAAGUCUUCCACACCAAGCCUGAAGUCCAACACACCGACGCCAAGAAAUGAGGCCCCCACACCAGGAACCAGCACCACCCCAGGACUAAGGCCUCUCACAAUGGGCAAACCACCUGGCAUGGAGGCACUGGCUGCGCCUGCUCUGCGUACACCUCUGUCCAUCGCGGGUUCCUAUGCCUCCCCGUUUGCUAUGAUGGGCCAUCAUGAGAUGAAUGGAUCCCUGACCAGCCCAGGCGUCUAUCCAGGUCUCAUCUCACCACAGAUGAGUGCUGCAGCUGCUGCCGCCUAUGGACGCUCUCCCAUUGCAGGGUUUGACCCUCAUCCUCACAUGAGAGCUCCGGGGCUGCCAGCCAGCCUCACAUCCAUUUCUGGAGGAAAACCAGCGUAUUCUUUUCACGUGAGUGCGGAUGGUCAGAUGCAGCCCGUGCCCUUCCCUCCAGAUGCACUGAUCGGCCCAGGCAUCCCGCGCCACGCUCGCCAGAUUAACACACUGAGCCACGGGGAAGUCGUGUGCGCUGUUACCAUCAGCAACCCAACACGCCAUGUCUACACUGGCGGCAAGGGUUGUGUCAAGAUUUGGGACAUAAGCCAACCAGGCAGCAAGAGCCCGGUGUCCCAACUCGACUGCCUGAACAGGGACAAUUACAUCCGCUCCUGCAAGCUGUUGCCUGACGGCCGCACACUUAUAGUGGGUGGUGAGGCCAGCACACUGACCAUCUGGGACCUUGCCUCACAAACACCGCGCAUUAAGGCCGAGCUCACCUCUUCUGCUCCGGCCUGCUACGCACUGGCCAUUAGUCCUGACGCCAAGGUCUGUUUCUCCUGCUGCUCAGACGGAAAUAUCGCUGUGUGGGACCUCCAUAACCAGACCCUCGUUAGGCAGUUCCAGGGCCACACAGAUGGAGCCAGCUGCAUUGACAUCUCUCAUGAUGGGACCAAAUUGUGGACUGGAGGACUUGACAACACAGUCCGCUCUUGGGAUCUAAGGGAGGGGCGACAGCUCCAACAACAUGAUUUUACCUCACAGAUCUUCUCGCUGGGCUACUGUCCUACUGGAGAAUGGCUGGCUGUGGGUAUGGAGAGCAGCAAUGUGGAGGUGCUUCACCACACCAAGCCUGACAAGUACCAACUGCACCUGCAUGAAAGCUGUGUCCUCUCGCUAAAGUUUGCUUACUGUGGUAAAUGGUUUGUGAGCACAGGGAAGGACAACCUGCUGAACGCAUGGAGGACUCCUUAUGGUGCCAGCAUAUUCCAGUCAAAGGAGUCAUCCUCCGUCCUGAGCUGUGACAUCUCAGCAGAUGACAAAUACAUCGUGACUGGAUCUGGAGACAAGAAGGCAACAGUGUACGAGGUCAUCUAUUGAACAGACGAGGCUCCUGCUUCAGCACUUCUACUGAGAUUACUUUACUUUCCUCUGACCAACCAUCUGUGGACCUCAACGUGCUACGAUAGACUACAGGUUAAGCAAGGUCAUCUGGCAGGAAUUGACGGAGCUGCUGGCCUAAGGAUAACUGCUGGAAAGAUAUUUUUUUCCCAUUGGAGGCUUUAUUUUUUGGUAACUCUUUUUUUGUGACUUCAGAAUUUUUGCUCUUUUUUUUUUUUUUGUUUAGAAUUGUUUGGUGAAAUCGGAUGAAGCAGCGCUUCAAUUCUGAGACCCUUGUUCCCCAGAUGUCUUGUGAAAAGUGUACAUAUCGGAUUAAAUAAAAGACAUUUUAUAUAUAUUAUAAAAAAUAUAUAUAUUUUCAUGUCCUGGGUGUACUUGUGAUGGGUUUUUUGCCCACUUGGUGAUAUGCCAUGAUAUUUGAGUGGGGGAGCAGAACAUAAGUUUUCUCUUCAAUUUUUUUGAAGCCCCUUCUCCCGGCUGAUCUUUGAAGAAAUCAAACAGAGGAGCAUGAAUCUUACAAGUAGGACGUUUUUGUGGAGAUUUAAACAUGGCCUUUUGUCACCGUGCUCUUACCGAACUAUGAAAAUGUGGAGUCCUUUAACUCUGGCAGAGCCUCAGCUGGUUUGGACCACCUUGCGCCCCGAGCGGGACUCUAUGAUUCAGGAGAAGAGAUGGAUGUAAAUUAAAUUCAUGCUUAUAAAACAAUGUUUUUAGUGUACAUCUCUGUCUGUGCUAUAUUUCUCUCUGUUUGUUUUACCUUGUUAGAUUACAGGAGAUAGGGGACAUUUAAUCUUUAGCCUAACCCUUGGACCUCAGUUGGCAGCAGAAGCAGUGCUGCAGGCACAAACUGGAUGAUAAUGUGCUUUUUUUACUAACUUGACGUAAUAUGGAUGUUGAAUUGCACCAUGGAUUUCUUGGCUACAGACUAAACUCAAACAGUCCAAUCUGUGCUGUUGGACUCUUUUUGCUCUUUGUAUCUUAUCAAUAUUCCUGGAACAUGUUUGGUCAACUGUGAUGGGGAGGCAACGCCGUGUAACUAAUGAGGAAGGUAACACAUGAAGUAAUCGAGGUCCUCUAAUGUUGACAUUAAGACAGCGCUGAUUAUUCCUGGUUUGUACACUGUGCUCCUGAUCCUGUCAGCAUUUCCAACAACAGAAAUUAGAAAGGACAAAAAUCGCCUGUUCCUCUGAAUCACACCAAAGUAUGUAGCAAAUGCUGUCAGCACUGAAAAGAAAUGUACAGUUGUUAAUAAAUCAAUAAAACUGUUUUUGUAGAA